GGGGGAGGAGGAGAGAAGGGAAGAGGUGUGUGUGUGUGUGUCCUGAGGUUUUACUGGGCUGCAAGAGUUACUGUCGCGGAGAGAAUGAAUAAGUAUAUAGUGCCGGCCUCCUUCAUGGCCAGUGUUAUUGGUGGGGCGGUUUUGAUCAAGGACUAUGUAACUGGUGGAACCUGUCCGAGCAAAGCAACUGUCUCGGGAAAAACUAUUAUCAUUACUGGAGCAAACACUGGUAUUGGAAAAGCAGCUGCUAGAGAAUUAGCUGGAAGAGGGGCAAGAAUAAUCAUGGGAUGUCGAGAUAUGGAGAAAUGUGAAGCAGCAGCUCGGGAAAUUCGAGGAGAAUCUCUGAAUCAUCAUGUGUAUGCCAGGCACCUUGACCUGGCCUCACUUCAGUCUGUCAGACACUUUGUCAGCAAAUUCAACAAAGAGGAGGAACGGUUAGAUGUCUUAAUAAACAACGCUGCUGUAAUGAGAUGUCCACACUGGGAAACUGAAGAUGGUUUUGAAAUGCAGCUGGGUGUCAAUCAUCUUGGUCAUUUUUUGUUGACCAAUCUUUUGCUUGAGAAGCUGAAGAAGUCUGGAAAUAGUCGUAUCAUUAACGUGUCCUCGCUGGCUCAUAUUGUGGGGAGAAUUGAUUUCAAUGACCUCAACUGGGAAAGGAAAAAGUAUGACACAAAAGCAGCGUACUGUCAAAGUAAACUUGCAAAUGUGCUGUUCACUCGAGAGUUGGCAAAAAAACUUCAAGGAAGUGGAGUUACAACAAAUGCUGUGCACCCUGGGGUGACUAACACAGAACUUGGCAGGCACACAGGAAUGCAUAAUUCCAAUUUUUCUAGUACAAUGUUGGGGCCUUUCUUCUUGAUGCUUGUAAAAUCCCCAAUCCUAGGAGCACAAUCCUAUGUAUAUUUGGCUGUGGCAGAAGAGCUGGAAGGAGUAUCCGGUAAAUACUUUGAUGUCAUGAAACAAAAGGAUCCUGCCCCACAGGCACUGGACGAUGAGACAGCCAGACGGCUGUGGGAAAUCAGUGCCAAGUUAGUAAAACUAGAAAAUGAGAAACCUACUCCACAACUCAAAAAUGUUCCUUUCGACAAUGUCAAACCAAACAGUAAGAGUUUAAUGGAGCACUGAUAGGAAAUGUUUACUCUUGCAUGUAAAUAAUAGUCUUCAAAAUAUUGUGAAUUAUUCAGUGAUUUCGUUUGGAACACAAGUUGUUUGGCCAUGCUAUACUGAAGGCACCUUUUGAUAACUCGCCGUCCUUUCCCUGUACAGUAAACGAUUUUAUUAAAAUUGUUUAAGCCAA